CCGGCCCCGGGGGCGGCGGGCCCGGCACGGCCCGGCCAUGCUCGGCCUGGACGUGUGCGAGGCCGGCGGGCAGCUGCUGGAGCUGCUCUGGCUGGCGCUGUGCUACCGAGACAUCAUGGCUGACAAGGAGGGGGUGACGCUAUCGCUGGAGGAGGAGGAUGCCGACGCGGCCCUGGCGUACAAGACGCCGGAGAAGAAGAGCCUGCGGGAGAUCCAGGAGCUGGACCCGGGAGAUGAGAGCCUGCGGAAGUACAAGCAGGCGCUGCUGGGUGCCAUCCCCGCUGCCGUGGAUGCCAGCGUGCCCAACGUGCAGGUGACGAAGCUGACACUGAUGUGCGAGCAGGCGCCAGGGCCCAUCACCAUGGACCUGACAGGAGACCUGGAGGAGCUGAGAGGCCGGGCCUUUGUGCUGAAGGAAGGGGUGGACUACAGAGUGAAGGUGUCCUUCAAGGUGAACAGGGAGAUCGUCUGCGGGCUGCGCUGCCUGCACCUCACCUACCGCCGGGGCCGGCCCGUGGACCGCGACGUGUUCAUGGUGGGCAGCUACGCGCCGCGGGCCGAGGAGUACGAGGUGGUGACGCCGGCGGAGGAGGCGCCGCGGGGGUGGCUGGCGCGGGGCUCCUACCGCGUCCGCUCGCUCGUCACCGACGACGACAAGGCCGAGCACCUGAGCUGGGAGUGGGGCCUGUGCAUAAAGAAGGCUUGGGAGGACUGAGCCCGCCCCGCAGCCGCUCCCCCCGCGCU